AUGAAGACCAACCUGGAGAGAACACCCACCCAUACACCACAGCAUGAAGACCCACCUGGAGAGUACUACACCCCGUCACACUCCUCCAUCACCCACCUGGAGAGUACUACAACCCGUCACACUCCUCCAUCACCCACCUGGAGAGUACUACAACCCGUCACACUUCCCCAUCACCCACCUGGAGAGUACUACACCCUGUCACACUCCUCCAUCACCCACCUGGAGAGUACUACAACCCGUCACACUUCCCCAUCACCCACCUGGAGAGUACUACAACCCAUCACACUCCUCCAUCACCCAACUAGAGAGUACGAUCACCAGUCACACUUCCCCAUCACCCACCUGGAGAUACGACCCCCAUCACACUCCUCCAUCACCCACCUGGAGAGUACGACCCCCCGUCACACUCCUCCAUCACCCACCUGGAGAGUACGACCCCCGUCACACUCCUCCAUCACCCACCUGGAGAGUACGACCCCCAUCACACUCCUCCAUCACCCACCUAGAGAGUACGACCCCCGUCACACUCCUCCAUCACCCACCUGGAGAGUACGACCCCCCGUCACACUCCUCCAUCACCCACCUGGAGAGUACUACAACCCGUCACACUUCCCCAUCCCUCAGUGA